CCAAUGGCGGUGAAUGGGGGAACGAAGAGAAGAAAAAAAAAAGUGAAGCCAUGCAUGCAGGAGUGGGAGGAUCCACUCGCUUCAAUCUCGAGCUCAGAGUUUUUGCAGCGACAGAGGAACACACUGCCGGGACAUCCACACACACACACACACACACACGCUCGCUCUCUCCCUCUCUCUCUCACACACACACACACACUCAGCUCUGGAUUUGUUGACAACUUUUCUCCUGCCAUUUUUCCGGUGCGCCGGUGCUGUUUGGUGUUACUUUGAAAGCACAUCUCGCGCCUCCUUGACGACAUUUGCAGACAUUUUUCUCCAGCUGCUUCCUCCGUCGGCCUGAGGAAGAAGAAGAAGAAGAAGAAGAAGAAGCGUCCUCGCGCCUCUGAUCAGAACAGGUCUGGUGUCACUGGAGCGCCUCUCCGCGGGAGAACAGUCCGACACUUGCAUCAUGCUGGACGGCAUAAAAAUCGAGGAUCACCCGCUGCGAUCGGGACAGGCCACGCUCGGAGUCAUGCUCGGGAGCGAUUGUCAUCAUCCGUGCGUGUGUGAAGGAUGUCAGCGUCCCAUCUCCGACCGCUUCCUGAUGAGAGUCAACGACUCGUCGUGGCACGAGGAGUGUUUGCAGUGCACCGUGUGUCAACAGCCUCUCACCACCAGCUGCUACUUCAGAGAAAGGAAACUUUACUGCAAACACGACUACCAACAGCUGUUUGCGACUAAGUGCAGCGGCUGCAUGGAGAAAAUCGCCCCCACGGAGUUCGUGAUGCGCGCCCUGGAGUGCGUCUACCACCUCAACUGCUUCUGCUGCUGCGUGUGCGACCGCCAGCUGCGCAAGGGCGACGAGUUCGUCCUGAAGGAGGGUCAGCUGCUGUGCAAGUUCGACUACGAGCGCGAGAAGGACUUGCUCGGCUCGGUCAGCCCCGAUGACUCAGACUCAGAGAAAAGCGACGACGAGGAGCUGGACAUCAAGCCGGAGAAAGGUAUCGGAGGCCAAGGGAAGGGCGACGACGGGAAGGAUCCCAGGAGGCCCAAAAGGCCCCGGACCAUCCUGACCACUCAGCAGAGACGGGCCUUCAAGGCCUCCUUCGAGGUGUCUUCAAAACCCUGCAGAAAGGUGAGGGAGACGCUGGCCGCGGAGACGGGACUCAGCGUGCGGGUGGUCCAGGUGUGGUUUCAGAACCAGAGAGCUAAGAUGAAGAAGUUGGCAAGGCGACAGCAGCAGCAGCAGGAACAGCAGAACUCGCAGAGACUCGGCCAAGAGGUGAUGUCCAAUCGGAUGGAGGGGAUGAUGAACUCCUUCACGCCGCUGGCUCCGCCGCAGCAGCAGCUGGUCGCCAUGGAUCAGAACGGCUACAGCACGGACCCGUUCCAACAGGGGCUCACCCCCCCACAGAUGCCCGGGGACCACAUGAACCCAUAUGGCAACGACUCGGCGUUCCACGACGUCGACAGCGACACGUCCCUAACCAGCCUCAGCGACUGCUUCAUGGCGUCGUCGGAGGUCGGCUCCAUGCAGGCCCGCGUGGGGAACCCCAUCGACCGCCUCUACUCCAUGCAGAACUCGUACUUUGCGUCGUGAAAGCGGCGACCGCGACGCGCCAGCGCGGAAUGAACUGCACCAUCUCAACCCCUUGAGGCGGCGGCGGCGGCGGCGGCCGGGAGUUUCUACACAAACACGGACAUGACAGAAGACACGCCUCCUGGUCACUCAAAGAUAGUAAAAACCACUUGUUGCAGGACAGUGCAGAUCAAGGAGAAAUACUCUUUGUUCCCUUAAAGAAAAAAACAAAGUCGAUAUUUGACUCCACUGACAGAGUGCAUGAUCAGUUGUAAACUAAGACGGCCCCCUCCCCCUCUAACCCCUCCCUCUUACGGCUAACAUGUGGGCGUCUGGACUGUGAUUCCCGUGUUAGCGUUUUGAUCACUUUCAAUAGGUUUAGAUAUCGUGUUCAUAGUGAAAUAGACGCAGCACCGUCUGCGAGAGUGACUGUACAUUUGUGUAAGUACGACGAGAGCGCGCGCGCCGCUGUAGAAGCUAACGUAGGAUCAGUCAAGUGUAAAUACCCUCCUCCCCCCGGCAAAUUGGAUGUGCAUGUUAAAAAUGGAAAGCAUUCUAUUUAUUUAACUAUAACAGGCUCUUGAAGGUACAUAUUAAAAACUGAAAAGCUUUAUUUAAAAAGGAGAGCAUUUUUUUUUUUUGUUGUUGUUGAGCAAUUAGCGAGUUCCCGAGUGUCACGACUCGUCUGUACGCCUUUUUAAUAUGAAGAUUAACCCUCUGUCGUUUUGUUUUCCCCAGCCAAGCUGUAAAUGAGCAAUGUUGCUAUUUAUUUGGUACGAACCAUAAAACCCCUUUUUGUUGUCACUGUCAUGAUGUGCAUUCUCAAAACAAACAAAAAAAAGAAAGAAAAGAAACAUGUUAAAGUUGCUAAUUGACCAAAGUUGACUGGUUUGAUGAAUAAACAAUGUCCUUCUCCUGAUAACAUUAAAUAAAUUGCCGUUCAGUGAUCAUUCA